AAAGAAAAACUAAAUGUAUGUAUAGAAAAGCAAAAUGAGCAAAUACCACAUUCAGAGUGCUUAAGAAAAACAAAAAAAAAAUUCAAAACUAAAUCAAAAAAAAGGCAUAGAUUAAAUUAUUUAAAAGAAGAUUGAAAAGGCGCUUAAGAUACAUUGGAAAAAGUUAGAUAUUGUUUACUGUAAUAGGCUUAAUUUUCAAAGCUUUUAAUUUACACACUCACACACACACACACACACACAACACCUAUACACCCACACCCACAACCACACACACACACAUACAAGCAACACAAUGAAGAAGAGCUCAACAUUAACGACAACCACAUCGGUACCAUCAAGUCCAACAUUAUCAUUAUCGGCACAAACGUUAUCGGCUAGUAAAAUAAGCCUAACCAGCAGCCGUUCCGGAUCCGGCAAGGCACGUUCCACAUGCCAAUCACCGGUGCGUCCUGGCAGCGGAUGCGUUGAUGCCAUCAGGGCCAAACGCGAGGAGAUCGAAAUGGAAUCUUUACUCGAGAAGGCUAAAUUUUAUACCUCCGUGUGCCUUGGUACGACAGCCAUUUUAUCGGUAUUCACAUUUCUAUUCCUAAUACCAUUUGUCGUGGAUCCCGCUAUAUCAACAAUCAUUGCCGACUAUGAUCCAGUGCCGGUGACAUGCAUUGUCAUUGAUCACAUCUAUGCGGAGGGCAUUAAGAAUUGCAGCUGGAGCUCCUGCCGCGAGGGUUGCACCUCAUCACUCACCAAGUGCCAUCAGUUGUUUGUCAACUAUACGCGUAUACCCUUUAGCGAAUGGGAACGCCAUCCGCAAGACUUAGACACAGUUAAUUGGGAUGUUAGCUAUACAAAGUUUCUAAUUAAUUCAGAGGGUUGCGGUUAUCCGCCCACAACAAAUUGUAGUGUCUUUGCCAGACAAUAUGGCUUUUCACACAUUGGCGAACCGUUUCCAUGCUACUAUAGCCGGGCAUAUCCCCAAGUGGUUAUUGGUCGUUAUUCAUGGGAGAAUAAUCUAUAUCAUCUGAUACUCUCAUUGAUUAUACCAAAUGUUCUAUUCGCCAUAUCAAUUGGCGUACUGAGCUAUUGGUAUUGUCCGUGCUGUGAAAAGGCCUGUAAUAAAUCCUCAAGAGUCUAUGCUGAGAAAUUUCCAACCAAGGAAGACAAACUUCUGUGUCACAGUGACGAAGAUGAUGAAAUGGAAUACUAGCAAAAGCAAAUUAACCAAAAUCCCCCUUUAUUAUUAAAAACACCUAUUCCUAUAAAACAAAACAAAUGAGAAAACCGAAUCGAAACAAAAAAAAAACACAAAUAGCAAGUUUAACAACUUUGUAGAUUGUAUAGCAUAAUAAUACAAUUUAGCUUUUACUACCUAUCUAUAUACAUAUUCUAUAUAGAAAUCAAUAUACAAAUGCAUCAAACAAUUUUUUUCCCCUCCCCCCCAUCAUCUACUAUUCAAAGAGAAAAAUGUUAAAGGAUUUGUUUUCUACAUUCUUAGAGUUAAACAAAAUGAAUGACUUUUCUAAUUAAAAAACAAACU